UAAAAAUGAAAUUGAAAAUUUAACAGGAUGUUAUGAACAAAUUACAGUUAAAAAUGAUACAUUAGAAAAACGUUUAACAGAAGUACUUGCAUUAUCUCUUACUUUAUUUUUUUAAUUCGAACUUAUUCGCAAUAUUCCUAAAAUUUCGAACUAAUUUUUGUAUUUCAUGAAAUCAUGAGACUCCAAGAGAUCAAAGAUUAGCAAAGUUGUUUUAUUAUAAAUAAUAGGUAAAGCGAGUUGUACGUGAAGUCUGAUUAGUUCUUGAAUUUUCUAUUGUUUCUUUAUAAAACCACUGAAAAAUCUCUGCCUUUGUGCAACAUUGUGGUAUGAAGUACUGUCUAGUCAUAAACUCAGUAGCUUUACGACAUGUAUACAUGUUGAAUAACGUAGCUAUUCAGUCAUGGUGACUCCCCUAAGCAGGAAAGACCUCCAACUGAUAAAUCACUUUUGAGUGGCGAAUACCAAGCAUUUAUGGAAUUUUUUAAGCCAAUGCCAUAGUCUAGAAAAAUAGAAUUCCAGAUGUCAACUUGAAACUUUACAAAGAGUCAUUUCACAAAAAAAAUUAUUCUUGUUAAGGGAACCCUUUUCCCUUUCUAGAAUUUCUCGAGAAGAGCUCAUCAGAAAAUUUUGAAACUUUCACAGCUGAUGGAUCUCAAUGUGUCGAGUAAAAGUCGUCAGAGACUCAAAAUUUCGCAAUGCUUCGUUCUAGAAGAUAUUGGGAUCACAAUGGCUAAAAACUACCCUCCAAAUCGUUCCCGUUUCUCAGCCGUUGUAUGUUAUACGGGGCUGAAACUCUAUUUUACAGGUACUAGACAUUGUGUAGGGUGCCUACGUUUUUUGGCUUCUUUUUAUCUCGUUCUGUUCGAAUAAAAAAGUUCAAAUACGAAGAGUAACCCAAAAAACGUCUAUUUUUUGGGAUAGUACUUGUCUUUUGAGACCUGCAAAAAUUCAAUGGUAUUAUAUUUUUCAAAACAAAACAAAAGUAGCCACUCUAAACUGUCUCUAAUAUCUGUUAAAAAGUCUCAGCCAGAUCUGGUGUACUGCACCUGAGGAACGGGGGCGAUUCUGUAGAUUUCUGCUGAAAAAUCGGGUUUAUAGAAAACCAAGAAAGAAAGAAAAAAUCUUGCUAUACUCCUACGGCAAUCAUUUUAUCUUUUCGAUCUUAUUUUUGAUUUAGGGCUAUGUUUGAGUUCUCAAAAUGUCACCAGUAGUGAGAGAGCACUUGAAAGCACAGAUAGAGCAGAAAAACCAAAAAGUUUUGAAAUUUUUGGUUUGAAAAUAGGGUGGCCCUUAAGGUCUGUUUCUAUGCAAAAAGAAUAAAAUAAAAUAAUUUAUAGAUCAUUGGAACGGAAAUUACAAGAUGCUCAAGCAGAAUUAAAAGCAAUCGAUGAUAGUAAUAAACAAAUUCCAUCAUCUUCUACUCGUAAAUCUUCAUCGAAUCGUAUUGAUGAUGAUGAUGAAGAAUUCAGUGAUACGAAUAUUAGUCCGGUCGUAUUUGCUUAUUUAAGACAGCUUGUUGCAAAAUGGAUUGCUGAAUAUGGUUUACCUGAUGCUCUUGAUCUUAAUUAUGAUAUUACUCGUAAAUAUACACCACUAUGGUAUGAUGAAGAACUUCAAGGUUUUGCUGCUGAUUGGGAUAAAAAAGCUCCAAUAGUUAAAUAUGCAAGAGUAACUAUCUAUCAUUCAAAUGCAUCUUAUGAAGUUUAUGCCAAUCAUUUUCAUGAUUAUUACAAACAAAAAUAUUCGACAUCACAUGUUUUUGCUAAUUUUGGGCAAAAAGUUUGGAUUACAACUGAACAAGAUAUAACUUUACAUUGUGGUAAUUCAUCGACAUAUGUUCUUCGAGAUGUAAUUCAAUUUUCAAAUUCACUCCAUAUUGCUUUAACUAUGCUUAUUGAUACGAAACAAACUUGUUCAGUUCAUCUUGGUCUUGGAGAAUUUCAUCGAAAUACUUCAAAAUAA